AUGUUAUUACGCAGUUGGGAGUUAAGACAUUGGAUGAAAAAUGUGAAAGGGGAUUUGGGGACGUUGAAGGGGAAGAUUAGUGAGCUUGGCAAUGGUCUGGAAGGCGAUGGAAAAAGUAAUGAGCUUGUUAAGGAUAAGUUGGAGGCGCUUGAAAAACAGAAAGAGCAACUUGAAAAGGUUACUGGUAAGCCAACUGGUUCAAUUCAUAUGGCGAUGGGACAACUUGAAGGUAAUUUUAAGACGCAUAUCCAAAAACCGCUUAACCUGGCGGUCAGUGCAGUUGACGAGGCGAUUGGGACGCUUGGCGGGAAGUUUGAUAGUAAGCAGAAUAUUGCAGGCAUUUUCGAGCAUAUUAAAAGUAAGGUUGGGGAGAUUAAGGGGAGUGAAAGACGUAAAAAAUCAGGUGUAGAUGGAAUCGUCGCCAGGUUUCAGACGUACGUCAGGGAGGUUGGCAGGAAUAUGCAGUGUCAAACAACCCUGCAGGCUUGGCUUGACAAGAUUCUGACGCAUAAUGGCGUGGUGGUCUAUAGGCUUGGGAAAUUUGUUGGGGAUAACAAGGGUGGUCAACUAAAUGGUAAGUACAAUAGUGAGAAAGGAAUGCAUGACCCAAUUAAGGAGAAGACUAAAGCAAAGCUUAAGGCUGCCAAUGUUUAUGGUUAUGCUGAGAGUGAGUCCCCCGUAGAAUCUAACGGUCUCCUUACCGUAAUGUUGACGUCACUAAUGAAAUUCCUCGACGCAUACGCCAAUAAGCUUGAUGGCAGAAUUAAUGUUGAUAACAAUACGUUUGUCACUGAAUUAGUCUCAAAGAUUGAAGGAGAUGUUAAGAAUGGGAACCGUUACUCCGGUUACAACAAUCAGCAUCUCACUCCCACCGUAGAAGCCGUCCUAGCGGCGCUCACCGCCAACGCCAGACGGACUGCCGGGGAGAUUGGAUCCUUAAUCCUCAGCAUCGACAGGAGCGGACAACCCAGUGAAGGCAGCAUCGCAUCCAUCCUGGACCAAAUCACGCCGAUUGCUACUAAGCUUCACGGUCAGCUUGAAGGAGCGACUAAAACCCCUGGCCCUCCCACCGGCCCAAAUGUAAGCCCCGCCCAAGCCGUGGACAGUAGGUUGCAGGCGGUGAGGAAUUCUUUUCGUCAUCACCAUGCUUCUUCAGUCUCUCAAUCUCCUUACGGAGAUGCUCGUUGA